AUGACUGUUGGCCAUAAGCUUGGGAGGCACCUUGCAAACCGCCACAGGUCGCAGAUAAAAAAGCCCCGAGACCUCAACAUCAGAAAGAUAUGCCAACACAUUGCCUCGGAAUCCCGCAAGUCCUAUUCCGUUGUCCCGUUGCGGGUGAUAGAGAAGAAGUUGGGCCCAUAUUGGGAUGACAGGUGUUUUAGAAGCAUCGCCCACGAACUUACGACCAUGGGAAGGAUGAAUACGUAUGGCGGAAGUUGGAAUCUUCCUGAUGUAACAGAUACGUCAAACCCAUUUGAGGAAUUUUUCACCGAUAGCGAUUUCGGUCCCGAUACACCGGUGAUGAAUGUAUCUGCGACAACCUGGCGGGUGCCAGUUCCUUCUUAUACCGGAAACCUCCGGCGAAACCAUUUCGAUACCUGGACCUUCCGGCACAUCAGGCAGACCAGCCGACACGGAAAAACGUAA